AUGUGCCACGUCCAACGCGUAAUAAACACCUGCGGCCACCGCAACGACCACGUCUCGCUCUCCUGUCGAUUUGCCAAAGCCGGCCACAACCUGGCAAGUCCUAUCAGUGAUCCGACCUCCAAUCUUUCUCAUACCAUGGCUACCACAAGUACGAGUACGAGCACCAGCACCAGCACCAGCGCCGCGGCAACUGCCACUACUACUGUCACAACUAUAACCACUACCACUACUACAAACCCUACCGUGGCCGGCAGCAAUGACAACAGUAAUGGUAGCGUUGUGAAUAGUGCUGGCGCUUGCCCUGCUAUCCAACACCGUGGAUUCCACGCUUAUACCGAGCCCUAUUGCAUCUAUGCAUCUAUCCGGAUACUGGACUCGCCGGCUGGUUUUAUGUGCAUGGUAGAAGGAUGUGGAAGAGCGGAUUAG